CCAAGAGCUGGCCUAAGUGGUCCGUGGAGCAACGACGUGUUCGCUUCUGAAGUGACGUUGGCUGUCCCCUCUUCAUUCGCAGAGCUUUCAUUGCAGCUGUAACCAUGCCAGCAGCGCCAAGUGCAACGAAUGUUGGGGCAGGAGGCAGGUCACCGAAGACUAUGGCAGCGCCACGGUCCUCGGGAGGUUCUACCGUCAAGCAGAGGAAAACUACCUCAGCGAGCAGUGGCAGGACACGUACUCCAGGGGCAGCUGGUGGUGGAAUGUGGAAGUUCUACACAGACGACUCUCCAGGAAUCAAAGUGGGACCUGUGCCAGUGCUGGUGAUGAGCCUGCUGUUCAUUGCCUCUGUGUUCAUGCUUCACAUCUGGGGAAAGUACACAAGAUCUUGAACAAGCUGGCCGCAGCACACACGCCUGCAAUGUCACACCUCAGCUGCCCUCUUGGGACCACUGUCUCGACUGCUGCUCCUUCAUCACUUGGCUAAGACGGACUCUGUACAUUUGGUUCAAUACAUGUGUCAACACUUUGCCGCA